UCAUCACUCCGAGUCGGAUUUUUGGCUUCGAGGGCGAGGGCGCUGGCUGCAGCGCAGUCGCAGUGCCCGUUGUUCUGCCAGUGCCCAUCAUCCAUGCCUAAAAUGCUCUUUUUCCCAGCCUAAUUGACUAGUACGCAACUAAUUCGCCUCCUGGAGCCUCCUAGCCGGGUCUUUAUUGGCUCUUUGUCCGUGCUUCUGUUCCCUAUCUUGGUCAGCGUCCGCCAGUGGCAUUGCACUGGCUGUCUUCGCGGGCUGCUUCAGCAGGCGUGUUGGCUGCUGCACUGGCACUGUGCAGCGCAAUGCAGUGCAGCGCAGUUCCCCUUCAGUUGAGUUGAGUUGCCGCAUCUUGCUGCUUAUGGCGGCGGUCGGUGUCUGGCCUGGAGGGUGCUUGGGCGCAGUCUGCACUGCACUCAACUGGCACUGACUGGCUACGCUCUGCCACCACUUUGCGAGUCGAAGGCUGUCUGCUCUGUUCCUCUUGUCCACUUUGUCCCUCCGUCCAUCUUCCCUCGCCCUUUUGCAUCUUCUUCUCUUCGACGCUACCUUACUCUUUUCAAGCCGUACACUCUUGACAAAACUCAUCACACACCUUUUGCCUGGCGGAUCUGUCCGGCCUCUUGCUUUCUUUACUUUUGUCCUACUUUGUCGCCGGUCCUCGAAUAACCCUCCAUCGAUCCUGUACCCUCGCCUCCUUCGACACCCCAUCAGUCACACAUCUUCGAGUUGAGAGCACCUUUUUCCUGUCCCGAAUACGUCUGGAAUUGGCACCAGGAGGCGUUCAUCGUCUUUCCAAUCUGUUCAAACCUCCGUCCCGUUCUUGCGACACCUCUAUCGGCUCUGCGCGUGAGUGGUAUCUCCAUCGACUAAGCGGAUCUCCUACUGGAACCCAGCUUUCUUGGCUCGAGAGCGAAGAAACAUACUCUACAGUGGUCUUCAAAGCCCAGUAUAUCGUUGCAAGUGAUACGCGAUUCCGAUACGCGUCUUUAGGCGCCUUCGCAGGGUGAAAAAACUGUGUUGCUCUGGCGAUGCGCGAUAUGCGACCGACAGCUUUAUGAGUAUACCACACAACAUCGCCAUUAAACCCGACAGAUGAGGAGGUGCUCUGUCAGAUUAUGACAGAGUCCUCCCUUCUCACCACGCAUUCCUUGCCGAAUCACUAUCCGGUCACCGCGGCUCCGUCUCUUGCAUCCCCUCUGCCGAACGGCUCCCUUUCCGACACGAAUCUUCAAGACGAGGAGGAAUAUACCAUCAAAUGCAUAUGUAUCUAUACAGAUGAUGAUGGCAACACCGUCUACUGUCCCAAGUGCGACACGUGGCAGCACAUUGAAUGUUACUACCACGGCAAAAAAGUGCCCGAAGAGCAUUUUUGCGCAGACUGUUUCCCUCGAGACCUUGAUGCGAAGAAAGCUACCGAGCGGCAGAGACGGCAUCGGGAGGCUCUCGAUGGCGGUGACCGGAAGGUCAAACGACCGAGCUCAAAGAGUCAAAAGAAGAAGCACAAAGAGAGUAUCGCGACUGUGGAGCAGGUGAAUGGCUGGCAUUCCUUGGACCGGCACGAGUCCGUUACAAGCGCAAGAGAUGGUCCUCCUGCAAAGAAGCCCAAAACCAACCAUCGCGCAUCGGCAUCCAUUGUGUCGAUGAAUGGAGAGUCCAGGAAACGAGCCGCUUCCACCGUGCAGUCAUACCCCAGUCCUUCGAAAUCCCCACAAGAACUUUUUCGCUUUCCGGCCAUUCCUACCUACACGACCGACUUCCUCGAAUUGUACGAUCGGGACCAGGGGAAUAUCAACGCCAGAGACAAUGAACAGACUAUUCAGGCUGCCAACGCUUUGUCUGCGUGGCGGACUGACCCAUCUCUUGUGGUCAAUGGUUCUGGCCAACAACCCACCGCCAAAUCACCCUUUGUACGCUCGAAUCAGCCCCUCAAUCCGAACACUUGGCCGGAGGUCUCUGUGGAGACAGUGACAAGGACCGACGUCGAGUAUGAAGGUAAAAAUCCCACAUGGCGGUUCCUGCGGCUGCGGUCAUCGGUGAAAAAGGACGAGAUUGUGGGUGAAGUUCGAGGUCAGGUAGGCACUUUGGAAGAGUACUGCCAGCAAAAGUCAUCAUCGAACAGAUGGCAAGAGUUGAGACAUCCGGACCCUUUUGUCUUCUUCCACCCACACAUGGAUAUCUACAUUGAUAGCAGGAAGUCGGGCACGCGGUUUCGUUACUUGCGCCGAUCUUGCCGGCCGAACGUGACUCUGAAGACGUUUGUAUCAGACGACGAUGAAACGCAUCAUUGCUUUGUUGCCAGCAAAGACAUCCCGGCCGGAACGGAACUUACCACCACCUGGUUCCUGGAUUCGGGCAUGUUUGCGGAUCGAGAUGAUUCAGAACAAGCGCAAACCAGGCGCUUGGACUGGGUCAGCCGAGUUCUCGCCAACUUCGGUGACUGUGCCUGCGAUGGCUCAUCCUGUCUGCUCGCAGGCUUCGACCGAAGGUUCUCGCCCAAACCGAUUGAGGGUGUGCCGAAAGAGAAAGGAGGGCGCAAGAAGAAAAGUAAGAUCAAACCUGCCAUCUCGCCCUUGAGCACAGGACACGCCACCAACAGUCGAGCAGGAAGCGAACCGAAGUUGUUGCUUGAUGACGACGAUCACUUUGACCGACGAUCGACCUCGGAGUCCUCUCGCAGCGGUGGACAAAGUCGGGACAUGACUCCCGUCAAUGUCGCCGCUCUGGACGCUGAUCCUGUGUUGGGUGCCGGGCUUACCGCCCGGGAACUGCGCAAGAUUCAAAUGGCCGAGAGAGCCUUUGCACAGAGGGAGCAGGAGAAAAAGGAUCACAAAGACUCGGGACACCAGAGAAAGAAGAAACGUAACAGCGGGGGUUCGACCCUCAACACUCCCAACUUGAAUGCGUCCAAGCAGUUGGGACAUCCCCCCAAUUCUCUACCCACCACACCGAGUGCCCGCCAGACCAAGUCGGCCGAUCCGUCCAUGGGCUCACCUCCGCCUCCUCGAGGACCCUUGAGUCGGGCUAAAUCCACUGAUGUGCCGCACAAGGCCGAGUCGACUAGUGUACGGCCUGUGUAUGUCAAUGUUUCGGUUCAGACGGAUCCUGAAGAGUCGGAAUCGCCCAUGCCCCCAGCCAAAAGGCGGAAGUUUUGUACGCCCACUCAGCGGCUGCUGAGAAGGUUGUUGGAAAAUCGGGCAAGGCAUGAACAAGAGCGCCAGGCGCAACAAUCUCCAACCGCAGACCGCCAUGAUGCGGUCUCUAACUCGAGUACGCCGGCCGAGGAUGUCGAAAUGAAAGACGCAAGCCUGGUGAAGGCUGACAACCCCCCAGCAUCUUCUCCCCUGCGUGAAGCCCUCAACAGCGACACGUCCCUGAAUGUUGGCACCACGACGUAUCCCUUGCCUUCACAGGCCGCACACACUCACAAGACCUUCUCCCCGCCAGUUGCUCCUCGUCUGCAUUUGUCAACGCUGCCCCCUGUGCCGGCUUUCCCUUCCGCAGCUUCCUUGGGAACCGCGACCACCCCAGGUCCGGGUACGUCGAACAUCGCGCAAUCGCCUGCGCCUUUGACUGUGUUGUCGAGCCCCUUCCCGUUACCUACAACCCCGUCUGCUCUGACGCCAUCUCCAGCGAGGAAGAAACUGAGUUUAGGGGACUAUAUGAGCCGACGUGCUGCGUCUACGCCGUCUGUUGAAAAACAUCAAUAUCAGGUCGGCUUUGCUGGCAGCGAUGGAGACCGGGCGAAAGAACGAGAGCAGAGUCAUUCUUCGCCGAUUGGCUCCGAAAGUACAGUGAAGGACCGGCAACCCGACCAAAACACCGUUGGACACGAAUCGGCUCCUGCUGGGUUGGCGGACAGUGUUGCCGACGAUAACUCGGGGAGAGAUUCAGAACCAGAAUAUCAGCCCCCUCUGGCAAUACCGGUCCAGAGCGAGCCUGCUUCACCGCGCCCAGCUCCAUUGGGGGCCACCGUACCCCAAGGGGGUACCACGAGUGGCGUCCCUUCUGCAGUUUCUAAUGUAUUGGCCCAACUCGCGCAACUACAGGGCAAAUGAAGAGAACUGGCACGGGGCAGUGGACUCUGCCCUGGAACAAUUGCACGACAUCCGGCGUGACAGGUGUGGUUCUUUCUCAGAACACAUACACAUUACUUUUGGUCUCUUCGCAAGGGUUUGGACAUGCAAUGAUGACAAGAUGACUUCAGUGGGCGGAACACAGACGCAUAAAUGGUCGGGAUUCUCGAAUGGCAAGGUUGGCGUUAUAGGAUGGAAGGCUCGGUAAUCUCAAUGGGUUGACCAAAAGGCUGAAGAGGAAUCCUGGGUUUCGAGGGGACAUGUGGUCUUGCGUAGUGUCACCACGACUGUCCAUGGGUUUCUAUGUGUAAAUAUUAUUAGUUUGAGCUGCAACGGCGAGCUCACUGCAUGACCGUGUUUCACAACGUCAGGAUUGUGCUUGAGUACACUGGGAUGCUCCAGAUGGUCAUGAUCGGGUGUUAUGUCGAACCUGAACUUGCAGUAGCAUUACAAUGUGGAAUGAGCACCAGUUGAAGCUACGAAGCUCGCAGCAACACGACUUGCAGUGUGCAAGGCAGCUAGUUGUUUCUGGUCGAUCUUUUGAAGGUGAAACCACCUAGGUACUGUACAAUGUUGUAGGUAUCUGAUGCAG